ACUCAGUGCUACCGCAUGUUGCAUGACCUGCAAAAGCUUACAGCAGCUGAGAAAGCCAAAGGUUCUACCAUUCGGAAUCUGGUGUGCAUUGCGAUAAGUUUGUUAUUUAUGACGAGUGUAUUACGGUUGAUAUACUACUGCUACAGCACGACAAAUGAUCGGUCCGCAUUCUGGGAGAGCACGCAAUAUUUUGUUUUUUACCUGCCAGCUGGCCUAGUAAUUCUUGCGAUACAGAUUGCGGUGAUAUUGUGUGAAUUGUCUCUGCUACCUGCUUAUGUGCUGAUUGCCGACUACUGCAUUGCAUUCUGGCAGUGCGCUACGUAUCUCAACUAUCGCACUGCCCUCGUGGGCGAACAACUGUGGAUUAAUUCGCCACUGUCCACUUCCUUGUUUGAUGAUGUUUUGAAACCUUUGAUACAUCUGGACAGCAAACUAAAUGAACUUCUCGAUCACCUGGAUCGUUUAUUGGGAAGUUUAUUGGGCAUUCUGAUUUGUGGAAAUACUAUACUUUUAACAUCAAUAACGGCCCAAGGUUUUAUUUCUGCAACAUUGGUUACACCAAUUUAUCUGGCAUUGUUUUCCGCGAGCGUAUCUUCGCCAGUGAUCGCGCUCAUUGUGGUGAUAACGGUUUCGACGCUCGUUCACGAUUCCGCUGUUGAGUCCAACAAACGAUGGGUGUCUCUGCUGUUAUCCCGCCAGCAUAACCGCGAGAAAGGAAAUUUCCAAAGUGAAAGCGAGCGACUUAUGACCCUUAUGUACUUAACGGCAAAUCGGAAACACUCGUUACUGAUAAUGGGUGCCAUCCAUGCUCAAAGGUCAUUUGGAGUAACGUUAAUUGCUGGAUUCGUGGGAUUCAUCUGCUUCCUUAUUGAAAGAGCGGAACACUUCGCACAUUCUAAUUACAUUGCAGAAUUUGUAACCCACAACAAAACGUGACCUUUCUGCAAGUGUUAAUGAUGUCACAGCGAAAAGGCGAGCAACGAGUUGGAAUUGUUUAUUAAUCAUGUAAUAGUGAGCGAAGCAUUACAAGAUAUCCAGAAUAAGUUAAUAGACUAUUAAGGUCGUUAUUACGUAGUUAACUGCUUGUGCGUUGUACCGUUUGCCCUUUUUCCUGUACCAACACGCCUUUGCAUCGACAGCCCAUUUCUUCAAUUUAAUGUGCAUACAUACCACUUUCACGGCAUAUAAAUAGUAGUAUCACGAUUGUGGUAUGAAAAUCCGGUUCCGCUUCAUAUCGCGGUGACAAAGUACACUCCAUCGCUCCUGGCAGCUCAUAAUCGCCUACUGUGCAAAUACAGAAUGAACAUCCCCAAAGUGGGCAUCUAAAUCUUCUUCGUUUCGUGGAAAUAUUUUGAAAAAGGAAUUGUACAUAGUUUGAAAUUCCGCGCAAUUUGCAUUUGCGGGAAAUGGGCCGGGGGAAGAGAGCGAUAU